CGCAGGAAGCUAGAGAAAAAAAAUAAGGGAGAAAAUAAUAAUAAGAAAACACUCCCGUGUUCCUCGACCGGAGGUGGUGGUGGUGCGAGCGCGAGGCGACCGAGGGCAGACGCGAUGAGGGGGACGAAGCGGCCGCUCGGCGCGGUGACGUCGUGGGUGCGGCGGCAGCCGCCCAAGGUGAAGGCCUUCCUGGCCGUGGUCACCGGCAUGGCCGCGCUCGUCUUCAUCCGCUUCAUCGUCCACGACCACGACAACCUCUUCGUCGCCGCCGAGGCCGCGCACGCGCUCGGCAUCGGCGUCCUUAUCUACAAGCUCACCAAGGAGAAGACCUGCGCCGGACUAUCCCUCAAGUCUCAGGAUUUAACUGCUUUGUUCCUAGCUGUUAGACUGUACUGCAGCUUUGUCAUGGAGUAUGACAUCCAUACAAUUCUGGACACCGCCACACUUGUAGCCACACUGUUUGUUAUUUACAUGAUACGGUUUAAACUGAGAUCAACUUAUAUGGUGGACAAGGAUAAUUUUGCAUUGUACUAUGUGGUGGUACCUUGUGCUGCACUGGCACUACUUAUUCAUCCUUCGACAUCACACAACCUUGUGAACCGGGUCUCCUGGGCAUUCUGUGUUUACUUGGAAGCUGUUUCUGUGCUGCCACAAUUACGCUUGAUGCAAAAUACUAAGAUUGUUGAACCAUUUACAGCUCAUUAUGUGUUCGCGUUGGGGGUUGCAAGGUUUCUUAGCUGUGCCCACUGGGUUCUACAGGUUUUGGACACGCGUGGCCGUCUGUUGACAGCUCUCGGCUAUGGUUUGUGGCCAUCUAUGGUGCUUCUGUCAGAAAUCGUGCAGACAUUCAUCCUUGCGGAUUUCUGCUACUACUAUGUGAAGAGUCUGGUUGGUGGGCAACUGGUGCUACGGCUUCCCUCAGGGGUGGUGUAAGGAGUGCAGCAGGAUACAAACUUCGUGGUUCACCCAUUCUUAUGUACCCUGAAAAACAGUUAUGCUCGAGCCCCCAACCUGUGUCUCAGUAUCUAAUGUGAGACCGGAGCCUCUUUUAGUUGAUGUUACAGGUUGUGACUAUUUAUGACAAAAAUUGCUGCGAGGGUCCUCUUAAAAGAUAGGCUGUCAUUGAGACUGUUUAUAGUCGUACCUAAUCUCAGAGUACUUAGCUUCUGUAUCUCUGUCGUGGUCUUACAGCCAGGUGGUUAAUGGUCUCUCUUGGAUUAUAAUCUCAGCAUGCUUUCUUAUGCUUCAGCCCGCAAAUAAA